UAUACAGUCGCUAUGAGUUCACUCAGUGAAGCAAACACCAAGUUCACCCUUGAUCUGUUUCAACGCUUAAAAAAAUCAGAGGACAAUGUCUUCUACUCACCUUUCAGCAUCUCAGCAACAUUAGCAAUGCUCCACUUAGGGGCCAAAGGAAGCACUGCAGAAGAAAUUGACAAGGUCCUUCACUAUAUUGAAAUCACAAAGAAGUCAACAGAAAAAACUAAAACUGAUCAAGAUGAAAAUUCAGGAAACGUACAUCAUCAAUUUCAAAAGCUUCUGACUGAACUGAAUAAGCCCACUGAGGCAUAUGAACUGAAAAGCGCCAACAAAAUCUACAAAGAAAACAGUUUCCAAUUUCUUCAGGAAUACGUGGAUAACAUUAAGAAAUUUUACCUAGCUGAUGUGGAAUCUGUUGAUUUUCAAACUGAUGCAGAAGGAAGUCGGAAGAAGAUUAACACCUGGGUGGAAAAAGAAACACAUGACAAGAUCCGGAACCUGUUUCCUAGUGGGUCUCUCACGAGUGACACUAAACUAGUUCUAGUGAAUGCAAUCUAUUUCAAAGGGCAGUGGAGCCUGAAAUUUAGGGAAGAAGACACUGUGGAAGGAAAAUUUUGGCUGAACAAGGAUGUGAGCAAACCUGUGAAAAUGAUGAACCAAAGAAACUCUUUAAAUUUUGCCUCGCUGGAAGAUGUGCAGGCCAAGAUCCUGGAAAUACCUUAUAAAAAGGGAGCCCUGAGCAUGAUUGUGUUGCUACCAAAUGAAAUAGAUGGCCUGAAGAAGCUUGAAGAUGAACUCACUGCUGAGAAAUUAAUGGAGUGGACAAGCCUACAGAAUAUGAGCCCAACAGAGGUGGAUUUACAGUUACCAAAGUUCAAACUGGAAGAGAGCUACAGCUUGAAGCCUAUGUUGGAAGACAUGGGGAUGGUAAAAUCUUUCACUCCCCAAACUGCUGACCUUUCAGGUAUAAGCAGAGAUGAGGGUCUAGCGGUGUCUGCGUUCGUACACAAGUCCUUUGUAAAUGUGAAUGAAGAAGGGACAGAGGCUGCAGCUGCCACGGGAGGAGUGGUAUCUACUACGUCAAUACCAAUGUAUCAAGACUUCCACUGUGAUCACCCUUUCCUGUUUUUCAUCAAGCAAAAUGAAAACAAUAAUAUCCUCUUCUUUGGCAGAGUUUAUUCCUUUUAAAAAUCAUGUCAUGUUUUGGAAGAAAAGUUCACAGAAUUGUUUCAUUAAAUUGAUGGCUUCAAACAGUAGGUCCCUUGGAUUCUUGUCAUUUCCAGGUUUAUAGGUACAACUAAGAAUCCAAUGGUUGAGAUGACAAGACUUUCUGUUUCUCUUUCUACAGACAUACAUGAAUCCUCUGUUUUUGCUAUAAAAUUUUCAUGAGGACUAAA